CAGGCAAAUGGCGAGCGAGCAAAUCCAGCGCUCCCAGCAAUCGCAGCAGCCACUGCAGCAGCCGCUGGCGAUCGUGAGCAGCAGUGGCGGGAGCGCGCCUGGCUCUUCGGAGAAGAUCAAUUUCAAGGCACUGCACGUCCGGGAGUUCUCGGGCCACAAGAAGAAGGUACAUUCUGUGGCCUGGAAUUGCACGGGAAAGAAGCUCGCGUCUGGCUCCAUCGAUCAGACUGCUCGCAUUUGGCAUGUGGAACCUCACGGGCAUAGUAAGAACAAGGAUAUAGAACUUAAAGGACACAGUGAUAGCGUCGAUCAGCUGUGCUGGGACCCCAGACACGCCGACCUUCUUGCGACAGCGUCCGGGGAUAAGACUGUUCGUCUCUGGGAUGCUCGCACUGGGAAGUGUUCACAGCAGGUUGAGUUGAGUGGUGAGAACAUCAAUAUCACUUUCAAACCAGAUGGAACACACAUUGCUGUCGGUAACAGGGACGACGAGCUUACCAUUAUUGAUGUUCGUAAGUUCAAGCCUCUCCAAAAACGAAAAUUUGCCUAUGAAGUGAACGAAAUAGCUUGGAAUAGCACUGGGGAGCUCUUCUUCCUGACAACUGGGAAUGGAGGGUUUGGUACUGCAGGGACUGUCGAGGUUCUAUCGUAUCCAUCGCUGCAAACACUCCAGACGCUCAUUGGUCAUACAGCCGGCUGCUACUGCAUCGCUAUAGAUCCUACUGGCAGAUACUUUGCGGUUGGAAGCGCGGACGCUUUGGUCAGCCUGUGGGAUGCGUCCGAAAUGCUGUGUGUUAGGACCUUCACAAAACUCGAAUGGCCUGUGAGGACGAUAAGCAUAAGUCACGACGGCCAGUACCUUGCUUCCGCGAGCGAAGAUCUCUUCAUUGGAAUUGCGGAGGUGGAAACUGGAAGAUCGGUACACCAGAUUCCGUGCCGGGCAGCCAUGAACAGCGUCGAGUGGAAUCCAAAGUACAAUCUCCUGGCAUUUGCAGCGGACAAGCAAGUCGACAAGUACCAAACCGACGAAGGUGUUUUUCGAAUCUAUGGCUUUGAAAGUCCCUGACCAGGAUAUUCCAUUUGUUUGUGAGGAAUAUUCUGGUAGCUUUGAAGAUGUUUCGCGCACAUUCUGGCAGCGAAUAUUCGCGGCUGUGCCCGGACAA